UUUGAUGUUGAUGCCUUAUUUUACUGAAACUCAAGAGAGUCGGAAGUCAAUGCUGCCUUUUCUGAUUUUUCCACACUUCUCUUCCCCCACUGCUUUUCUACUUAUUUUUGCAUUUCGAUGUUACAAUACUUUAUAACUCAAUAAAACACACACACACAAAACCCCACCCCUGAAAUCGGGGAAGGGUGGGAUUUGCCCCGCGUGGGUGCAGCUGCCGCCCCUUCGCGUGACCCUAAAUGAAACCUCGAAGUUGCCUUGGGGUGCAGCGCGUUGGAUUCGGGCAAUAACUCGGAUACCCAAAGGGGCAUCUAGCCCGAAUCUAGCCACCCGGCAGCCCCGACUGAACGGAUCCCGGUUGAAGCCCAGUGCGCGACUCUUAGAAACUGGGCGUCUCGGGAAGGAAGGGGACGCCUUGGCAGAGGGUCGAAGGGAACGAAAGGACAGCGACUGCGGGAAGCGCUCAAGGGCGGAGGCGAGGGAGGUUCCCCCGUCUGGCAGGCGGCCUGGGCGAGAAUCUGCCCCCUGGCAGCCCUCGCGCAGCUUUGGAUGCGCGCUGGGCGUGGAGAGGAGGCGUCGCGCCCUGGCAGGAGAAGCCAAGGGGGAAGUUGGCGAGCGGCUCGGUUGCUUCGGAGGGCAGGCAUGACUCCCGCCCGCUCGUGCCUUCGUCGCGGAAGAAAGGGAAAGGGGCUCCAGCGGUCAGUCCUGGCGCCGGGGAGCAGAAUAGGUGACGGGACCCAGGGGCAGGAGUAGAGCUGAGCCGAGUUGGGUUCCAGUGUGAUGUGUGGGACAAGUGCGGCAAUCUUCUCCCGUGGAAGGCAGCUGUGGAUCCUUCACAGUUGAGAACUUGCUGAUGGAGAUGGCAGGCUGGUUCAAAACGUUGCUGCAGAAACCCAGGAAGAGGCCGGAUGCCUCAAAUGGUACCCCUGGGUGUCCUCUUUCCUCCCCUUCACCUCCCGUGCAGAGAAGUCCCAGCACACUUCCUCGUAGCUUGACCGGCAGCCCCAAACUGGGCUGCUCCAUCGCCCGGAUUGUAAGCCAUUCCGAUAGUGCCCGAUGGAGCAAGUUAUACGAUGUCUGCAUUUGCCACAGCGAGGGGGACCUUGAGUUUGUGGAAGCGCUGGUGGCCUACUUGGAGAGCCAGCCCGAGCAUUUCCGUUGCUUUCUUCAGCUGCGGGACGCUGUUCCAGGCGGGGCUGUUGUGACGGAGCUGUGCAACGCCGUCCAGAACAGCCACUGUUGGGUGCUGUUGAUCACACCCAACUUCCUUAAGGAUCCUUGGUGUUGCUACCAGAUGCACCAUGCCUUGACAGAGGCUCCCAUGGCGAACGGGCGUACCAUUCCUGUGCUGAAGGAUAUAGACCGCACUGACUACCCCAGGGAACUCCGAUGCAUUUACUACAUCAGCGUGGUGCUCCAGGAGAACAGUUUCCGACAGAUCAAAGAGACGAUACUGCGUUAUCUCCUGGACUUUUGUCAAAACACAAGAAGCAAAGACUAAAUCCACUUUUUUUAAAUGAAAAAAAAAAUACUUGGUUAAAGGAAGGUCAAAAGGAAAGUCUUGGGACUUGGAGAAGAAGCCUUUAUGGUGAAGCUAUCCUCUCUCACUGAAGUUGGCUUGAUUUGAAGGCAGAUUCCAUUUCAUGCUGCGAUUUAACUCUCCAUAUUUGACUGAUUAGCUUUAUUUUGGAGAUGCGGGAUGCUUUAAUCAUCUUGUUUGCCCUCGGAAAUAGACUCGGUCGAGAAACAAGGGCUGCAGGGAUUCCAGGAAUGCAACUAUUAUGAAAGACGGUUAAAAUCCUUCCAAAAUGCCCCCUUUUAAGGACACAACAGGAUUAAGGUCAAGGCGGAACUGUUUUGAGUUUCAGAGUUUUUACUUUCCCGGAACUGAGGAACUGUUUCGCAGAACUAAAUUCCAUCAUUAUACCAACGAUUCUUGUGAGAUUUGGCGGACAGUAGAACACUAAUUUGUAACAAGAAGAUACAAGUGGUUGUGUUCAUGGGUCAGCUGGUCAUGCCUUUCUCUGUAAUGUCCCACUUCCUUUCCUUGCCAUCAAUUUUGGGCUUUCUCUGCAGUCUUAACAGUUGGUCAGUAUGCUGCGGCUUUCUUUUAGUCACAUUCAGCUGGUUUCCAGUUUUCUUCCACCCAUAAGAGUUUUCCUACUCCUCCUUUUUCCCCUUUUUCUUUUGUAUUGGGUUCCUCCAAACCUGUUGCAAGCUUCUUGAUAGUCCUCAACUUACAGCCAUUUGUUUAGCGAUUGUUCAAAGUUACAACUGCACUGAAAAAGUGACUUAUGACUUGGUCCUUGCACUUAACACCAUUGUAGCAUCCUCAUGGUCAUAUGCAAUGAUGCUUAUGUGAGCACAAGCAUCAUCGUAGGUUGAACGUAAAUUCGGAUGCUUGGCAACCAGCAUGUAUUUAUUAUAAGGAUCGUAGCAUCCCAAGAUCAUGGGAUGGCCAUUUGUGACUUUCCCAGCAGGCUUCCAACCAGCAAAAGUCAGGUGGGGGUCCGGACUGGAUUUGCUUGAUGAUUCAGCUAACAGCUGCAGGGAUUUGCUUGACCCUGGCAAAAAAAAAGGUCAUCAAAUUGGCCGUGACUCGCUUAAUAACCAUCCUGCUUAGCAAUCCAAAUUGUGGUUAUAUAAAGUUCUUCCUGAACAUCAGGCACAGUGAAUUCUAGACCUGUGAGCAUCAUUGCAUUGGAUGUCUGACAGCUACAAAAAGGUUUCUGCAACAUCUGGGGCUUUAUACACAGGUGUCCAAAUUAUAUCCAAAUACAGGUAAUCCUCGACUUAUAACGGUUCAUUUAGGGACCAUUCAUA